UGCGUUGUGCCCGCUGACACGUUCCAGAGGCUGCAGGCACACAGAGUCAUCCAUCGACGCAGCGGCACCGCUUCAAAGUAAUUGCUCAGCACUGCCAGUAAUUGUUACUCCCGAGACGCGCUCGGUGUGGAGCUCGCAUACGACGCAUUCGGUGGGGUGGUCAAUCAAUGUGCAGACGUGUGAGUGUCACCGCAGAGCUCCGAGCGCAAUGAGAAUGUCCGCAAUCAGCUGAGCGCCGGGCAGCCUCUCUGCGUGUUAAGAGAAGGGGGGGGGGGCAGCAGCGCUGUGUGGUUCGCUUCAAGUCUCGAGUGCACGUGGCCGUCAAAGGCUGAAGACGGUGGUACGCGAUGGCUCUCGUGGUUCAUCUGAAGCGGGUGGAGAAGCUUCGGGGCAAAGCGGACCGGAUUGCCCGAGUGAAGUUUCGAGGUCUGACUUUUGACACGAACGUGUUUGAAAACUGCGAGGAUGAAGCCCGCUUCGACAAGAUAUUCCGCUGGCCCCUGGCCACUGCAAUCAAUGGAAGUGAAACCUUGGAAGUCCAAGUUUACAACCAUGGCAAGCUCUCUAAAAAGCUGGUGGGGACCUUCCGCAUGGUACUGCAGCAGCUGCUGGAGCAGGGACAGUUGGAGUUGACGGAAACACUCCUCGAUGAAAACAACGCCUCGAUCAUGGCAACGGUCACACUGGAACUCCAAUACCAGGCGCUCGAUGGCACAGUGGGUGCGUGGAGCGAGCGGGAUUUUGUGGCAUUCCACAACCGGCAUCUCAUCCCAACCCCGACAGGGGACACGGACUCACUCAUGCCAGAAGAUGAGACCGGUGGAGGUAAAAAAAGGAAGUUCUUGAAAUUCAAUAUUGGACGAAAGAAAUCCAAAGAUGAUGAAGCGGCGUAUGUCAAUCCAACUUUCGAAGAGAGCGAGGAUUCGGAUGGAUCAGGUGGGAUGUCGGUGAGUGGCAAGGGCGAUAACCUGGACACCAUUUCCAUUGCCUCAGGCAAGGUGGAGACAUCGGAUGUUUCCAACAAAAGAUCGAAACCGGAGCAGAGGGUCGAUCCGACUGCGGGCAAGCCUCAGAGCUACCAGGUGAGUGUGAUGAUCAUUCGCGCACAGAAGCUGGUGGGACUCAACAUAGACCCAAUGGUGAUUUUGGAGGUUGGAGAUAUAAAGAAGAAAACGAGGAUCGAAAAAUCCACGAAUUGCCCUAACUACAACGAGUAUUUCGUGUUUGACUUCAACACGGCUCCCAACACAAUGUUUGACACGAUCAUUAAGCUGACGGUAGUUCACAAUAAAGAUGCGAUCCGAAGUGGGACUCCAAUUGGGACCUUCAAACUCGACGUUGGCACGGUCUACAGUCAGCCUGACCACCGCUUCUACCACAAGUGGGCCACGCUGAUUGACCCAGACGACAUCACGGCCGACAUCAAGGGCUACGUGCAGUGCGACAUCACCGUGGUGGGGAAGGGCGACAACAUCAAGAAGUCGCACAAGUCGAUCGAGAGCGACGACGACUCGCUUGAAGGGAACCUGAUACUUCCGGAUGGCUGCAAGGGGGAGAGGCAGUGGGCCCGUUUCUACGUGAAUAUCUACAGAGCUGUGGGCCUGCCCAAGAUGAACACCGCCAUCGUGGCCAACGUGAAGAAGGCCCUCAUGGGCCAGGAGAGGGACCUCGUCGACCCCUACGUGCAAGUCUCCUUCGCUGGACAGAAGGGCAAGACGUCGGUGCAGCAUAACAGCUACGAGCCGGUGUGGAACGAGCAGGUGGUGCUCACCGAUAUCUUCCCACCACUCUGCCGCCGCAUGAAGCUCCAAAUCCGCGACAGCGACAAAGUCAACGACGUGGCCAUCGGCAGUCACUUCAUCGACCUCACGAAGAUCUCCAACAAUGGGGACAAAGGCUUCAUGCCGACGUUCGGCCCGGCGUGGGUCAACAUGUACGGCUCGACGCGCAACUACACGCUGGUGGACGAACACCAGGAGCUGAACGACGGCCUCGGGGAGGGCGUGUCGUUCCGCGCCCGCCUCCUCUUGCAGAUCACCACCGAGCAGCUGGACAAGACGUCCCCGGAGCUGAACAACACCACGGAGGUUAUGGUGGAGGAUAUUCCGAAGAUCAAUGAUUCGAUGCUUGGAAAGAUGGAAGAGUUCUUCUUGUUCGGAGCGUUUCUGGAGGCCACGAUGAUUGACAGGAGUAUCAGCGAAAAGCUCAUCAGCUUUGAAAUCAGCAUUGGGAAUUACGGAAACAGCAUAGAUGGGCUGAACAAGUCCAACCCCCAGGAGCGCAGUGACGACGAGGAUGAAGAUGACGAUGAGGAUGACGAGGAGGAGACAGUGCUGCUGGCAGCCGAGAAAUCCAAGGGCGCGGAAGAUUUAUCGUCGAUGUUCUCUACCACACCUCCCAUGAAGCCGGAGACUAACGACAGGCAGUACUUCCACAUGCCUUACUACGAGCAGAAGCCGUGCGUCCACGUGGAGAGCACGUGGCACGACCAGCGACGGCGUCUCUACAACUCCAACAUCAUUGACAAGAUCGCCGACAAGCUGGAUGAGGGCAUCAGCGACGUGAAGGAAGCGAUGAAGACAGAUAAGCCCCAUCCGGAGCGCAGGCUGCGAGGAGCCUUGGAGGAGAUGAGCAGCGGUUGCGAACGAUUCUGUUCCCUGGCCAAUAAGGAAUCAUCGUCAAUUGAGUACACAGAUCUUGACCGAAAACAGCUCAAGAUGCGCUUGAAGGAGCUUGACUAUAUUAGCAUACAGGGCAAUAACCUGAUCAAGCAGGUGAAGGGUAAAAACCUCAAGGAGCGGGUCAAGACGGUCGAGGGCUUCCUGCAGAAGCUUCGGCUCCUUGCAGACGAGCCUCAGCACAGCAUCCCGGACGUGUUCAUCUGGAUGCUGGUCAACAAGACGAAGCGCGUCGCUUUCGCCCGCAUCCCCGCCAAAGAUAUCCUCUACGCCAACGCCGAUGAGGAGUUGGGGAAGGACUGUGGUAAAGUCAAAACGCUUUUCCUCAAGCUGCCAGGGAAACGUUCGUUUGGCCCAGGAGGUUGGGCCAUGCAAGCCAAGCUGGAGGUCUACCUCUGGCUGGGCACAAACAAGCAACGCAAUAACUUCCUAAAAGGCAUGCCCACUGGAUAUGUGGAGAAGAAAUCGAUCGAUCCCACCGUUCCUCCAAGGGUCCUCACCUACAGCAAGAGGUCGCAGUUCGAGCUGCGCGCGCACAUGUACCAGGCUCGCAGCCUCUUCGCCGCCGACAGCACGGGGCUCUCCGACCCCUUCGCUCGAGUCAUCUUCUCCACCCACUGCAAGUCCACCGAGGUCUUCCAGGAGACGCUCUGCCCAACGUGGGACCAGCUGCUGGAGUACCAGGACAUCUACAUGUACGGGGAGCCACGCGAGCUGAGAGAUGACCCACCCAUGGUCGUGAUCGAGGUGUACGAUCAAAACACCAUGGGCAAAUCCGAGUUCAUUGGUCGAGCGCUGGCCAAGCCGGUGGUGAAAAUCAGCACGGAGCCGUACGAACCCCCGCGCUUCCCUCCAAUGCUCGACUACUACCAGAUCUACCGAGGCCCACUCACUGCCGGAGAGCUGCUGGCAUCGUUUGAGCUCCUGCAGGUCCCACCUGCAGAGAAUUGCGAAUUCCCUUCCCUGUCUGGACCAACUGGCACUGACCAUGGACCCGUCACCGCCGUCCCCAUGGGUAUCCGGCCUGUGCUGGCCAAAUACAGGAUAGAGAUCCUCUUCUGGGGCCUGAGGGAUCUCAAGCGAGUGCAGUUGCAGUCGGUGGAUCGGCCACGCGUCGACAUCGAGUGCGCGGGCAAGGGCAUCCAGUCGGUGGUGAUCGAAGACUUCAAUACAAACCCCAACUUCAGCCACCUUGUCAAGUUCUUUGAAGUGGAUCUGCCAGAGAAGGAGUUGUACCACCCGCCACUCAACAUCCGAGUGGUGGACUGCCGUGCGUUUGGCCGCUACAUCCUCGUGGGCUCGGACACAGUUACGUCGCUGAGCAAGUUCAUCUUCCAUGCAGAGGGGCCCAACAAGGGCCGCAGAUACAGCGUUGCGCCAACGACCAACGAUGCUGACUUCAUGAAACAGAUCAUGGAGACGAGUAUGUUGGACCCCGACAAACCAGAGACGGCGAUCAACGUCGAGGACGACAAGCAAGUCGCCAUCCCGAUCAUGAAGAAGAAAAAGAAGAAGGAAACCUCCGACGAUUCGGACGAGAGCGUGCUGGACUGGUGGUCCAAGUUCUUCGCAUCCAUAGAGAUGCUCAAAGAGAGUCGACGGCAGACUCCGGAGGACGAUGCAAUAGAGGGAACUUCUGCAGUGACUGCCAAGGCAGUGGCCCCAAAAAAGGCUCGGAAAAAAGGGGCCGACAAGGACAACGACAAACAAACGAAGAAGCCCGGACUCCAGGUGGAAGAGUUGAAGCCACUUGUUGGUCAAUCAAGCCACACUGAACGAGCUGUAAAGAAGGGCUACUCAACAUUCCAGGCAGUGGCACCCAGAUUGGACGGAUUAAAACUGGAUCAGGGCUGCUGGCGUCGCAUGAACCCAGAGCUGCUGAAACACUGCUUGAUGGUUGUGAAGUCUGGCGGACUCUGCAUGGUUUAUGAUAAGGAGCUGGAGGCAGAGUUCAAUAACUUUGAAGACUGGCUGAACACGUUCAAUGUGUAUCGCGGCAAGAACAGCGACGAAGACAGCGACUUUGACAAGGAGAGAUUGGUGGGGCGUUUCAAGGGCUCGGCCUGCAUUUACAAGUGGCCCCUCUCCAAAGCGGUGCUGGAUGAAGUGGGGUACGACCCCCAGCUGGGGAUGUUCCAGGGCAUCCCCAUAAACGAUCCCAUCAGCGUGCUCGUGAGGGUCUACAUCGUGCGGGCAACUGACCUCCAUCCAGCUGACGUCAAUGGGAAGGCGGAUCCGUACAUUGUGCUCAAGCUGGGCAAGACCGAGGUGAAGGACAAUGAAAACUACAUUGCCAAGCAGCUGAACCCCAUCUUUGGAAAGUCUUUUGACAUCGAGGCAACCUUCCCCAUGGAGUCAAUGCUCACUGUGCAGAUCAUGGAUUGGGACCUGGUGGGAAUAAAUGACCUCAUUGGAGAAACCAAGAUCGACCUGGAGAAUCGCUACUACAGCUAUCACCGUGCCACCUGUGGGAUAGCACAGCAGUACGCCAUCCAUGGCUACAAUGUGUGGCGUGACCCUCAAAAGCCGACGGAGAUCCUGUCCCAGCUCUGCAAGGACAACAAAAUGGCAGAACCGGAAUACGGUCCGGUCGGCCGUGUGAAGGUGGCCAGCCGCAUCUUCACAGGGCCCACCGAGCUAGAAGACGAGACCGGCCACAUAAAGGAGACCAAUGAGCAUGUGGCACUCAAGGUCCUGCACAACUGGGGAGAGAUCAGCCCCAAGGGCUGCCGGCUGGUGCCAGAGCAUGUGGAGACGCGGCCUCUCCUUCACCCUGACAAGCCUGGCAUUGAGCAGGGCCGUGUGGAAAUGUGGGUGGACAUGUUUCCAAAGGACCUGCCGCACCCAGGGCCACCUGUGGACAUCUCUCCACGCAAACCCAAGAGCUACGUACUCAAGGUUGUGAUAUGGAACACGGAUGACGUGAAGCUUGAGGACGACAAUUUCUUCACAGGAGAGCGAUCGAGCGAUAUUUACGUGCGCGGCUGGCUCAAGGGGAAGGAAGUGGACAAGCAGGACACGGACGUGCACUACCACUCGCUCACGGGCGAGGGCAACUUCAACUGGCGCUUCAUCUACCCCUUCGACUACCUGGUGGCUGAGGAGAAGAUUGUCUUCUUCAAGAAGCAGUCCAUCUUCGAUUUGGAUCCAACCGAGUUCAGGAUGCCAGCGAUCCUCAACAUGCAAGUGUGGGACGCCAACCACUUCUCUGCCGAUGAUUUUCUUGGUAAAAUUGAGUUGGACCUCAACCGCUUCCCACGAGGAGCCAAGUCGUCCAAGCAGUGCUCGUUGAACAUGCUCAAGAUGGACGGCUCGGUGCCGAUGGCCUCCAUCUUCAAGCUCAAACGGAUCAAGGGCUGGUGGCCCUUUGUCUCCACCGAUGACAACAAUGAACAGGAGCUCACGGGGAAGGUGGAAGCCGAGCUGCAUCUGCUGACGGCGGAGGAGGCGGAGAAGAACCCGGCAGGACUGGGCCGCAGCGAGCCCGACCCCCUCGAGAAACCCAAUCGCCCGAAAACCUCUUUCUCAUGGCUGACAAAUCCAUUCAAGUCCCUCUUCCUCGUCAUCUGGAAGAACUACAAGUGGUACAUCAUCACCGCCCUCGUCCUGCUCAUCUUCGCCCUCUUCAUCGCCCUGCUUUUCUACACAUUGCCAGGAGCCAUCACAAGCAACCUCAUCGGAUAGGGAACCUCAGAGACAAUGGCUGUGGGCAACUUCACGGUGACCAGAGUAUACUAAGAGGAUUGUAGCCAGAGCUCUUGAACUUUCUACAGGGUUACAAGAGCGCGAGAUCACACCGCCUGUUUAUAAUUCAUGGAGCACGGGUGCACACAACUCAAGGGAUGUGUUGAUGACGUUACAUUGUAAACAUGUCCCACAUAAUGGCAGCAUCUCCCAUGGAUUUACACAUGCACAACUGUUGGGAGGACAUUCGAAAUGACAAAAAAACAAGAUCCUCUUGAGUUGUGUACCAACCAUGGGAACGUCUUGGCUUCCUGCUAAGAUAUCAACAACAAUAAAUAGAUGUGAUGUAUUAAAUCAGGUAUGUGUGCUUGUAGAGAAUACACCACUGGGCAGGUUAUCGUGAUUGUCCUGUGUAGCCCAGCGAUGUCCUUUCGGGUUGCAGUGCAUUUUAUUCAGCACAAUGUCCGAUGCAUGUGCUGGGAGUUUCGGGAAUUUCAUUAAAUUCUUGAAACAACUCUUGAGUUCCUCAAGAAUAUUCCCAGCAUGUCAAGCGAAAUGUUGGACCUCGUGGUGAACAACACACAGUACAACCCGAAACACAUUGCAGUGUACAGAAUAUAUCUAAACACAAAAGGAUCUGUUACACUAAGUAAAAUUCUUUCUUGGUUCGUAAGCUUGUGGUCCUUCGACUCAAUGCCGGACCAAAUUUUUUUUUACAGCAGCAAAUGUUUAAGCUGGCAAACCAUUAACCAAUGUCAUCUUUCUGAGUCUCAUUAGCAGAUGGUGGCAUAUUUUACACGCACGCUGUUGUUUUACUUCAUGUUACGUACGAGAUCCCAUCCACUAACACCGGCAAAAUAUGCUUGAACAGGUUCAACUGAUAAUCGGAGUAAGAAGCGCAAAAUAAUUUUCAGGGGUUAUCCUCUUAAACAAAUGCUGCUGGAGAACUUUGGUGGUCCGGAAUGCUUCUCGGAUCAUUGACCAACAAUCGUAUUUUGAGUGGUUAAACAGCACCAUUGUCUACAUUACAUCAAUACAUAACAUUUAUAUACUGUAUGUGUACAUAUCGAUCAGCAGCUGAUUUAGGUUCACUUAUUGUACAUUUAGAAUAAGGAGGUGGUGCAUUAAAUGUUACUUUUGUAUGUGCU